AUGGCGGAGACCAAGAUCAUCUACCACAUGGACGAGGAGGAGACGCCGUACCUGGUCAAGCUGCCCGUGGCCCCCGAGCGCGUCACGCUGGCCGACUUCAAGAACGUGCUCAGCAACCGGCCGGUGCACGCCUACAAAUUCUUCUUCAAGUCCAUGGACCAGGACUUCGGGGUGGUGAAGGAGGAGAUCCUGGACGACAAUGCCAAGCUGCCCUGCUUCAACGGCCGUGUGGUCUCCUGGCUGGUCCUGGCUGAGGGUGCUCACUCAGAUGCCGGCUCCCAGGGCGCGGACAGCCACACAGACCUGCCUCUGCCUCUUGAGCGGACAGGUGGCAUUGGGGACUCCCGGCCCCCCUCCUUCCACCUGAAUGUGGCCAGCAGCCGUGAUGGGAUGGACAACGAGACGGGGACGGAGUCCCUGGUCAGCCACCGGCGGGAGCGUGCCCGACGCCGGAACCGCGAGGAGGCCGCCCGGACCAAUGGGCACCCACGGGGAGACCGGCGGCGGGACGUGGGGCUGCCCCCAGACAGCACGUCCACUGCCCUGAGCAGCGAGCUUGAGUCCAGCAGCUUCGUGGACUCAGAUGAGGAUGGCAGCACGAGCAGGCUGAGCAGCUCCACUGAGCAGAGCACGUCAUCCAGGCUCAUCCGGAAGCACAAGCGCCGGAGGAGGAAGCAGCGCCUGCGGCAGGCUGACCGGGCCUCCUCCUUCAGCAGCAUUACGGACUCCACCAUGUCUCUCAACAUCGUCACCGUCACACUCAACAUGGAGAGACACCACUUCCUGGGCAUCAGCAUUGUGGGGCAGAGCAAUGAUCGUGGAGAUGGCGGCAUUUACAUAGGCUCCAUCAUGAAGGGCGGGGCCGUGGCCGCUGACGGCCGCAUUGAGCCUGGGGACAUGCUGCUGCAGGUAAAUGACGUGAACUUCGAGAACAUGAGCAACGACGACGCUGUCCGGGUUCUGCGGGAGAUCGUGUCCCAGACGGGGCCCAUCAGCCUUACCGUGGCCAAGUGCUGGGACCCAACGCCCCGAAGCUACUUCACCGUCCCAAGGGCUGACCCGGUGCGGCCCAUCGACCCUGCCGCCUGGCUGUCCCACACGGCGGCACUGACAGGAGCCCUGCCCCGCUACGGUACGAGCCCCUGCUCCAGCGCCGUCACGCGCACCAGCUCCUCCUCACUAACCAGCUCCGUGCCUGGCGCUCCGCAGCUGGAGGAGGCGCCGCUGACGGUGAAGAGUGACAUGGGUGCGGUCGUGCGGGCUAUGCAGCUGCCGGACUCGGGGCUGGAGAUUCGUGAUCGUAUGUGGCUCAAGAUCACCAUCGCCAACGCCGUCAUCGGAGCGGACGUGGUGGACUGGCUGUACACGCACGUGGAGGGCUUCAAGGAGCGGCGGGAGGCCCGGAAGUACGCCAGCAGCUUGCUCAAGCACGGCUUCCUGCGGCACACGGUCAACAAGAUCACCUUCUCCGAGCAGUGCUACUACGUCUUCGGGGACCUGUGUAGCAAUCUCGCGGCCCUGAACCUCAACAGUGGCUCCAGCGGGGCCUCGGAUCAGGACACGCUGGCCCCGCUGCCCCACCCGACCGCCCCCUGGCCCCUGGGUCAGGGCUACCCCUACCAGUACCCGGGGCCCCCGCCCUGCUUCCCACCUGCCUACCAGGACCCGGGCUUUAGCUAUGGCAGCGGCAGCACUGGGAGUCAGCAGAGUGAAGGAAGCAGGAGUAGCGGGUCCACCCGGAGCAGCCGCCGGGCACCAGGCCGUGAGAAGGAGCGGCGGGCGGCAGGAGCCGGGGGCAGCGGCAGCGAAUCGGACCACACGGCACCGAGCGGGGUGGGCAGCAGCUGGCGGGAGUGUCCAGCUGGCCAGCUCAGCCGCGGAAGCAGCCCACGCAGUCAGGCUUCAGCCACUGCCCCGGGGCUUCCCACACCCCACCCCGUGACCAAGGCCUAUACGGUGGUCGGGGGCCCACCCGGGGGACCCCCUGUCCGGGAGCUGGCUGCCGUCCCCCCAGAAUUGACAGGCAGCCGCCAGUCCUUCCAAAAGGCCAUGGGGAAUCCCUGCGAGUUCUUCGUGGACAUCAUGUGAUCUGUGGUGCGUGGCCACAAUCCUGCCUGAGGCAGGGAGCUGUCGAUCCUGGUGCACGCAGAACUUGAGAGGGCUUGCUUUAGUAGGGGCAGGGUGGGGGGCAGGGUGGGCCAUCGCAGUCAUCUGCCUGCAGCCCGGCUGCUCCGACCCCUGGAAGCAGCUGUGUCUGAGCCGCCGCGUUGGGGUGCUCCCUCUCUGCUCCUCAGUGAGAGCCUCAGGGACCUCCCAACCCCUCGUGUCUGGCGGUGAUCCCUCCUAGGACGAGGAAGACCCCUUGGGCUCCGGGCUGACCCCCACCUCCUGCACAGCCGUGCACAGGCCCCCUGAGUGACCCAUGAGGUGCAGCCCUGCAGUGCACAGGCCCAUCCCUCUGACCCUGACAGGGCCUCCUGCGGGUGAAGCAGAGCCCCCAGGUCCCUCCUGCUCUCCGGUAGGGAUCUAAUUUAUUUAUUUAUUGCCUGGCUGAUGCCUUAGCGGAAGAGGUGGCCCUCCUAGCUGUCCCACCCGCCCCCACCUUUUAGAGCAGCCUGCACCUUCCCACCUCUCCUUCAGCCACACAGUCAAGUCUGAAUGUGUGGAGGACGGGACAGGAACACAAGAGAGGGCUGGACAUCCUGCCCACCGCUUCCCAGCCAGGGCAGAGAUGGGCUGUGGUCCUCGGGGUCCAGGGACCCUGAUGUGCACAGCUGCCGCAGGGAGGGAGGUCUUGG